GGUAGCAGGUCCACCAGUGGAGAUACAGCUGAGGGUAAACUGAGGACUGGAGCCAUCUAAGUCCACAAUGGUGAGGUGGAACUUGUGCGACGUAGGUCAACUCUCUGAUAGUCAUGAUGCUGGUGAAUAUCAUUGGCUCCAUCAAAUGGCAGUCGGUUUCCAUUAGGGAAGUACCAGUCACCACGAUGGUUACCCUUCUCUUUGCUGCAGCAUGUGCUCAGGUCAGUGUGACACUGAACACUCUCAAUUUUAGUUUUCCGUAUUAGGCUAAAGUUCACAUAAGAGUGGUUUGCCAGAAUCUGGCCCAUGAAGAAGACAUAAGGAAACGUCGGCUGAGAGUUGACCUCCACCAG